AUAGAGCGAAUGGCAUGAUGCAAAAGAAGAGCCUUUUGUUUGCUACCAUUUCGAUAAUACAAACGCCUAAUGUCAAAAUCUAGUAAAGCUAGCGCAGUUUUGUUUAAAAAAAAACUAUUUAAGCAGUGUAAAUACGAAAUUGUAUACUACAGGAAACAUAGUGAUGUUUAUCCGGUCGGGGAUUGUAACCGCUGGUCAUGUGUCGUGUUUUCUUCGAUGUCAAAGUCAGUCUUCGAAUGACAAAGAAUUGUGCAAAUUUACACGAAAUACUUAUAUUGGAAAACGAAAUAUGCUAUAGUAUUAUUUUCGCUGAGUAAAAUUGGUAGGAUAUUAAGGAUAUCGGUAUUUUAUGCGCUGUUUCGAUUGGGAAGACGAUACUGUGGAGACACGCUGAGGAUUUCAUAAAUUUCAAUACAAGAGAUACCAUAAAUGACUUGUUUAUAACCAAUAUAUCGUGUUUAAUGCUGAAAUAUGUCGCAAGAAAGCGAUAUUCGUAGGUCCCAGGAGUAUCAAAGUUUCAGAUCAACUGUGCCAAAGCGAAAGGUGAUUGUUGAUCCCUCUUCUGAAAAGAGCUGGACAAUUUACGACGCAGGACCAAGAAAUGUCCGUUGUCCUUUGAUAUGCUUGCCGCCAGUGAGCGGAACUGCUGAUGUUUUUUUUAAACAAAUAUUGUCCCUGACUAGUCUGGGUUAUAGAGUGAUUGCUGUGGAAUAUCCAGUCUAUUGGACCUAUGCUGAAUGGGUUGAAGGCAUGAAAAAAUUGCUAGAUUUUUUAAAAUUAGACAAGGUUCAUUUCUUUGGUGCUUCUCUUGGUGGAUUUCUUGCUCAGAAAUUUGCUGAAGUGACCAGCAAAAGUCCCAGGACAUGCUCCAUUGUUUUGUGCAACUCCUUUGGUGACACAACUGUGUUUGAGAACACCUCAGUUGCAUACAUGUAUUGGGCAAUGCCUGGUUUUUAUUUGAAAAAAAUGGUGAUGGAAAAUUUCACGACGAAAGAGGUCGACCCAGAUAUUGCAGAUUCAAUCGAUUUUAUGGUGGAAAAUCUGGAUGGCUUGGAGCGAAGUUCUCUAGCGUCGAGACUAACCUUGAACUGUUUAAGUUCAUACGUCGAACCUCAGAAAAUUGCAAAUAUACCCAUGACGAUCAUUGAUGUGUUUGAUGAAUGUGCGUUGUCAGACCAGGUGAAGGAAAGUCUCUACAAAUUAUAUCCUCAUGCGAAGAGAGCGCAUUUAAAAUCAGGAGGGAAUUUUCCGUACCUGUGUCGAAGUUCCGAAGUCAAUCUCUAUCUACAGAUUCAUUUGCGUCAAUUUGCCCGCACGCGGUACUCGGCCGUAGACCCCGAAGGAGCAGCUGACGAGGAGUUGAUGUUUGUGAUGAAUGAAAAACCGACUUCGGAGACUGAUUCCCUUGACGAGGAUAACUAAAAUAAACUGGCUGUGGAUUGAAUCCCUUGAUGAGAAUAACUAAAAUAAAUUAGCUGCAGGCAAAAACGUCGCGCGGCAAUUGAAUGUGUAGUGUGAUUUCAUAGACCGAUAAAAUAGGCUAAUACUAGAAGAAUCACUGUGUAUUUUGGUAGUAUUAGGUAGAGGUCUGAUAAAUAUACGGCAAUUUCCCAUGGUCUAAAAUUGUUUGUGCUUGCACAUAUUAAAACGUGGAUGACGUUAUCCAGUGUGGAUUGUGCGAUCAGUUGUUGCAAUAUAGUAUUGUGAUGUCAUACAAACACGCUUUAUUAAGUUAGGCAUUGAUACAAAUUAUAAACCUGGAUUGCGAGUUUCAAUAGUUCGAAAAUAGUGAUUACUUCAUGUCCAGAAUCCACGAAUAUAGUCCUUAAUUCGAAUAAUUUAGUAUAGGUAGUUGGGUGAGGUUUAGGAUUAAAAGUUAGGAUUAUAUUCGUGGAUUCUAGACUUGAAAUUAUUACCAUGAAAAUCAAGAUCACCAUCUUGAUUGGGCACUGAUCUAUAUA